CUUCUUAUCACCUUGCAAUCUCAUCUGGAGGUGAUCAGUAUCUGGACUGCAGAGUAAAUCAGGUCGGCCCGAUCCUGUUCAGCUCUCUGCCAUGAAGACCCCCUUGCUGCUUUGCACCGCUCUCCUCCUGGUUGGGUUCGUACCCGGGGAUGACUGUCGAGCCCUACAGAACUCCGUAUCAACUGAAUACGGCCCUGGUCAACAAUCGGAGCUCCAGCAUUUAGUUUCACCAGCUGGGAUUCGCUUCGGAGAGUCAUACCUUAAGCCACAGGCCAAGGCGCACAAUAACCCUUCUCUUGGUCGAAAUCUACUUGAAAUGUUUCCUUUCGACGGAGCUUCCAAAAUGCCACUGGCCCGGUUCCAGCGCAACCUACCUGGUAAAGUUGGGGACUUGGAUCACGUUUACGGCAGAUACCAAGAUUUAGUGGAUGAGAUGUCGGAACGCGGUAAAAGACGCGACACGCCUCUCCUUUCCCUUAAUGUACCUUUGCAUGUUCUAAAUAAACUGCUGGCGAUAGCUAGAGCGGAGCAAAUGGCCAAGCAAGCAGAGGAAAAUAAGAAAAUCAUGGAUGAAGUCGGGAAAUAG